CAGUGACAGCUGAGGGCGAUGAGCAUCAGCAUCGAGGCAAGGCACAGCUGUAAUGAGGAGAGGGUGGGGGUGCAAUUCUGGAAGAUUCUGCAGGAAUCUUGCGAGUGGACCUCAUUUCAUUCGUUUAUUGUGGGGACUGAUUCUCGGUGCUAGGUGGGUUAGCCUUCCCCGUCAAAGCCACAACUGUGGUGGGGACUAAUGGUUUUAGGAGCCAAUGACUGGAAUAGACUGAUACCUACUCCUCACUGCGAAGAUGUCAAAGAGACCAUCCCAUGCCCCUCCCCCUCCCCCUGCCCCUGCAACACAAAUGCCCAACACCACCGGGUUUGUAGGGUACAACCCAUACAGCCAUCUGGCCUACAACAACUACAGACUGGGAGGGAGCCAAAGCAGCAACAGUCGGGUAACGAAUUCCUCUGGAAUAAAUAUCCCAAAGCCACCCAAGCCGCCUGAUAAGCCAUUGAUGCCAUAUAUGAGAUAUAGUCGUAAGGUUUGGGAUCAAGUAAAAGCCUCCAAUCCUGAUCUGAAGCUAUGGGAAAUUGGGAAGAUAAUCGGUGGCAUGUGGAGGGACCUCACUGAUGAGGAGAAACAGGAUUAUUUGAAUGACUACGAAGCAGAGAAGAUUGAGUAUAACGAGAGCAUGAAGGUCUAUCACAACUCGCCAGCGUACUUGGCCUAUGUCACUGCAAAAAGCCGGGCCGAAGCAGCUCUGGAGGAGGAGAGUCGCCUGAGGCAGUCCAGACUGGACAAGGGCGAGCCGUACAUGAGCAUUCAGCCAGCGGAGGAUCCAGAUGACUUCGAUGAUGGGUUUUCUAUAAAGCAUUCGGCUGCAGCUCGUUUCCAACGCAACCACCGCCUGAUAAGCGAGAUCCUCAGUGAGAGCGUAGUACCGGAUGUGCGGUCAGUUGUUACCACUGCUCGCAUGCAAGUACUGAAACGCCAGGUCCAGUCUCUGAUGGUACACCAGAGAAAGUUGGAGGCAGAGUUGCUUCAGAUUGAAGACCGCCACCAGGACAAGAAAAGAAAAUUCAUCGAAGCCACAGAGUCGUUCACAAAUGAGCUCAAAAGGCUGUGCUGUAUGAAGGUGGAAGUGGACAUGGAGAAGAUUUCUGCAGAGAUUGCUGCAGCAGAAGAGGCAGCCCGCAAGCGCAUGGCUGAACGUGAGAAGGAAGCAGGAGACAGAGGUGCAAGGGAGGCCCCCACCUGUGUCUUAGCAGAAGAAGAAAAACACAUUUGUGCCACACACGGCAACAAGCCCCAAAAUCCUCUGAGUGAAGGAAGCAACAAAGAAGGCGAUGAUGCAGAAUCCAGCACCACAGAUACACCAGGGAAGCCAAAAGCCUCAGAGGAGCUUGAGGCUCAUCCAGGCAGCGAGGAGGGGGCGUUAGAGGACAAGGAGAGCGUCCCAGAGGGAGCCAGGGAGGAGGGAACCAGCGACAGUAACACAGGCUCAGAGACCACCUCUGCUCAGACAGAAGAUGCCCCGACGAGUGAGCCAUCAGAGGCGCCCAGCAGGGCGAGAGCAGCGCACUGAGUCCAACACCUUGCUGUCUGUGAACUGUUGGGCUCUCAAUGAGUCUGUUUGCCUCUGAGAACAUGUAUUGCACAAUAUCAUCUCAGUUUGUCAAAGCAUAUGAAGAACGUUCAGAUGGGCUCAAUGUUUAAAACGCCUGAGGCAAAGAUGAUGUUUUAGCUGAGUUUGAAAACACCAAGGCUCACACACAUGCGCUGUAUACAAAUAAAUGAAAAAUACAAAGCACUUGGAGCUGACCAAUGUCCAAAAUCAAUGGCUGCUAAGUGCGCCACAAAAGCCCAUGUGAAAGCACUAUAUUUCCUUCACAGGCCUCUUUGCCAUUUGGAAGAACCCAUACGAGCCCUCUGCAGCACAUAUUGAAACAUAUCUCUAGCAAUUUAACACUGGCUAUAUGAAAAAAGCUGUCACAUGCAACAAACAUUGUUCAGUGUUAUAUUUAACCUUGUCUUUUGUAUUGUAGUGACCUUGUUGCUUUUAAUGUUAUUUUUGCAUGUUGCAAUUUUUAACAAUAAGUUGGCAUACUUGUGAAGAGUGGAGCCGGGGGACCAUCUCCAGGCAGGAGCAUAUUUGUUUACUCUCUGUAUCAGUAUUACAGUGAUAGUAUUGUCUCAGGAGUUUGUAUUCAUUAGUAGUAGUUCUUUUUGUUAUUUAUUAUCAGCAUUGUUUUUUUAUUAUACUUGUGUAUUGAUUGUUCCGGUCCCUCCAUAAGUAACUCACAUGAUCAUCAAUGCUGUACAAUGCUCGACUACCAGUGUUCUCAAGUUUGCUAGCUGUCAAUCAAAUCAAAAGCAGUAUGCUUAGAACAUUUCUGUGUUAUGAUCAAUAUUGCAAUUUUCAGCAGAAAACUUUUAAAUGUACCGUAAUUGUGUACACAGUGUAACGAGGUUUGCUUGAACAUGGAUUUUCAUGUUGUGAAACAGCUUGAAGAACAGUCAUAAACAUGCUGUCUUAAAUGAAUUUCUUUUUGCAUAUUUAUACCAAUAAACUUUUCUACCCUGAA